AUGAUGCCGUAUAUGGAAAAUAUCGACGUAAAUGAUGUGGUGGACUUUAUCAAGUCGCUGAAAGUUGCCGAGCUGAAGGACCAUAUUCGGCUCAUCAACGAGCAGCUGCCCUACGCGCCGAGUGUGCGCCUGUCGGGCAACAAGUCGGAUCUCGCUGCGCGCCUGCUGGAGGUGGUCGAAGCGAAUAGUCAUACCCACAAACGGCUGCAGGAGUUUGCGAUGCUCAUCGGCCCGCUGGGCCUGCAGGCCUACAUGCGGGGCCUCGCGAAUGUGCGCCAGGCGAGCCAACUCGGCCACAUGUACGGCCGGGUGCCCGAGGCGCGGCCGUCGCCUGUUGUGCCGAAAAUCGGCUCUGCGGCGCCGAGCGCCGAGUCGUCGCCUGCGCCCGCUGUGCCACGAUCUCAUACCGGGGCGCUGCACCAGCUGCGCUUCCGCCCGUCGCCCUUUUACGAGGUGCUGGAGUUUGUCUCGAGCAUUGUGCAGAUUCCCGAAGCGCCUCCUCCCUCUGGGCGGCGCCAGGUGAAUGUCAACUUUACCCUGUCGCAAAAGCUGCGCGAGCUUUUGCAGGAUACCCCCAAACGAUUCCAGCUGCGCCUCUUUUGCACGACGUUUGAGCACUACAUGGCCUCGAUCAGCACGCGCCAUGCGGCGCCGGUCGAGUUUCCCUACACAUGCGAGGCGCGCGUGAACGACAAGCCGCUGGGCGUGAGCCUCAAAGGCAGCAAAAAGCACCCCGGGCGCGUGUCGCCCCCCGACGUGAACCGCAACAACUCGCUCUAUCUGCAGCCCGCACACCUGAACCGGAUCGAAGUGGCGUAUGCCAACGCCCCGAACCGCCAUGCCAUUGUCGUUGCGCUGUGCCGCGUGACGAGCGCCGACCAGCUCACUGCACAGCUCAAGCAGCGGCAGUACCGCAGCAAGGAAGAGGUGCUUGCCAAGAUGCAGCGCCAGGCGAUGGACGAGGACAUUGUGACGGGCGCCUCGACGCUCAAACUCACCUGCCCGUUGACCUACAUGCGCUUGGCGACGCCGUGCCGUGCCGAUACCUGCGAGCACAUCCAGUGCUUUGACGCGCAGAGCUUCUACUCGAUGAACGAGCAGUCGCCGCAGUGGCUGUGCCCCGUGUGCAACCAGAGCAUCCUCUCGGACCAGCUCCGCAUGGACGGCUACGUGGAGGACAUUCUGCAGCGCGUCCCGACCGAGGUCGACACGGUGAUGGUCGAGUCGGACGGGACGUGGCACACCACCGACGGCAAGUACACCGACGCCUCGCCCAUUCUCCACACAUUGCCUCCGGCGCCGAGCCCAGAGGAGGACGCAGCGCUGGACCCAGAGAGCCUCGCCGAGUUCCUGAUGGACGAAGACGACCUCGACGCGCCAGAUGCGUCGCAGCCAUCACACGACCCGGUACUGGGCAGCGACCCAAUGACUCCCCCGCCGCUCGCUGCUGAGCAGCCGACGGACGUGAUUGACCUCACCCUCGAUAGCGACGACGAAUAG